AAACCAGGGGUGUCCAUUGAUGGGAAUGCAGAAUAACUGGAGGGGUGGGGGAGGGGCUACAUAUUGUUUUAGGUUGAGGUGGCACUUAAAGGUUAGGGUGAGGGUCCUGUUGGCCGCUCCGCCACCCAGUAUGGCUCCAUAAAGCCCCUCAACUAAGCCACGAGGCAGCUUGUGGAGCAGACUCGGCUGGAACGAGUUACUUUGCUGCCUUGUGAGCCAUUUCCGCGACUCUUGCGGUCGCAAAGCGGCGCGCAGCACUCUGGGAGAUGCAGAUGACGCCCGUGGCCGGCGCCCCCGGCGCCAAUUGGCUGGCGGGGCGCGUCAAUCAGGCCGGACGCCCAAUGGGAACGGCCGCGGCGGGGAGCGGCGGGGCACGUUGCUCUCCGCCCCUCCUCUCCGGCCACGCCCCCUGGGAGAAAAAGUUUCGGGCGGCCCCAGUGGCUGGAGGGGGAAAAAAAAAAAAAAAAAAGAUGGCGGAAAAUUUAAAAGGCUGUGCUGUGUGUUGCAAGUCCUCAUGGUCCCAGCUGCAGGACCUGUGCCGGCUGGAGAGGGUUCGCUGCCCCUCACUGGGCAUCACCCGCAGGAACCUCAGCCACUUCGAGGUGGAGUUCCUGUGUGACUACAAGAGAGUGCGGGAGGAGGAGUUCUACCUGGUGAAAUGGCGUGGCUACCCAGAGUCGGAGAACACCUGGGAGCCACGGAAGAACCUGCGCUGCGUGGGCCUGCUGAAGCAGUUCCACAAGGACCUGGAGCAGGCCUGGAUCCGGCGGGACGGCAAGCCCAAGAAAAACGCCCGCUGGCUGGACCAGGGCGUGGCGAACUACGUGGUGCAGAAAGCCAAGCAGCGGCGCGCUUUGUGGCGCUGGGAGCGCCAGCUGAACGCCAAGCGCAACCACAAAGGGCGCAUUGUGGUGGAGAAUGAGGUGGAUCUCGAUGGGCCACCCCGGGACUUUGUCUACAUCAAUGAAUACAAGGUGGGCGAGGGCAUCUCCCUCACCCAGGUGGCGGUGGGCUGCGAGUGCCGUGACUGCCUGGCGGAGGCGGCUGGCGGCUGCUGCUGCCCCGGUGCCUCCCGCCACAAGUUUGCCUACAAUGAGCUGGGCCAGGUGCGCAUCCGGGCGGGGCUGCCCAUCUACGAGUGCAAUGCCCGCUGUCGCUGCGGGGCCGAGUGCUCCAAUCGCGUGGUGCAGCGGGGCAUCCGCUAUGAUCUGUGCAUCUUCCGGACCGCCAACGGGCGCGGCUGGGGCGUGCGCACCCUGGAGAAGAUCCGCAAGAACAGCUUCGUCAUGGAGUAUGUGGGAGAGAUCAUCACAUCAGAAGAAGCGGAGCGACGAGGGCAGAUCUACGACCGCCAGGGUGCUACCUACCUCUUUGAUCUGGACUACGUGGAGGAUGUUUACACAGUGGAUGCUGCCUACUAUGGCAACAUCUCACACUUCGUAAAUCACAGCUGCGACCCCAACCUGCAGGUGUACAACGUGUUCAUCGACAACCUGGAUGAGCGGCUGCCGCGCAUCGCCCUCUUCGCCACGCGGCACAUCCGGGCUGGGGAGGAGCUCACCUUCGACUACAACAUGCAGGUGGACCCGGUGGACGCAGAGAGCACACGGAUGGACUCCAACCUGGGCCGGGCUGGUGGCCUGGCCGGCUCCCCCAAGAAGAGAGUACGGAUCGAGUGUAAGUGCGGGGCCGAGUCCUGCCGGAAGUACCUCUUCUAGCCCCCGCGUGCCCUGCCGGGGGUCAGGGACCCACGGCUGCCACCGCGCAGGGCUCUGGGGGGCCCAUGCCCACCCAUCCCCUGUUGGACUUAUCUCACCUGCCCGCUUCCCCCCUCCCGUCAAGGGGGGAUUUUUAGGAACAGCUGUCAUGGAUUUUAAUCAGUUGGUUCCCAGGUCGUGUAAAGACCCUGGCUACUGUGUACCGAGCGCCACGGCCUCCUGCGGGAAGCUGCCGGUUUCGGGGGGAUCCAGGAAUAUUCAACUUGAAGCCGCACUUGACCCUGUGUCCCUAUGCA